AGUUUCCCCUCCUGAAAAGCAUGGCUGUUCAGUGCUCUGGGCUUGAAAGUGGUUAAGGGUCCACUCUGCCCAUGGGAGCUACCUGCCCUCCUUACUCCCUGGCUACAGUUUAGAAGUGAUAAAUAUUAGGAGGACUUGGGUGGGGGACUGGGGAGUAAUGGGGGUACAAAGAGGGCCCUGGGGUGAGGCUGCUCAACCCUGAGCACAACAUCAGGGGACAGGCGGCACAGCUGACACAUUGAUGACCUUUCCCCUACAUUCAGCUAUUUUUAGCUCUAAUGUCACCAUCCUCACGUGAGACUCUUUGGGCCCCCCCAGGUUCCCAGACCUUUGAGCAAUCUUCGGCUUGCAGACACUCGACCCCCCUCACUCCUGAUUUCCACCAGCGAGGGGAGGGGAUUCUGGUUGCCACCCCCCCACCCCAUCUGUUUUCUCAACCCAAAUUUGGGAGUGGGUGUCAGGUUCCCGGUGAGGGCGGGGCGGGGGUAGCCAGGCCUGAAGGACGUGGGGACACGGGCCAGAGCGACUGGCCCCACACGCGGACAGGAGCGAACCCGAGCUGUGCCGGCCAACCCCCAGGAUGGCGGAAGCGCACCAGGCCGUAGCCUUCCAGUUCACGGUGACCCCAGACGGGGUCGACUUCCGGCUCAGUCGGGAGGCCCUGAAACAGGUCUACCUGUCCGGGAUCAACUCCUGGAAGAAACGCCUGAUUCGCAUCAAGAAUGGCAUCCUUAGGGGUGUGUACCCUGGCAGCCCUACCAGCUGGCUGGUUGUCGUCAUGGCAACAAUGGGUUCCUCCUACUGCAACGUGGACAUCUCCAUGGGGCUGGUCUGUUACAUCCAGAGAUGCCUCCCUGAGGGAUGUGGCCCCUACCACACCCCCCAGACCCAGGCGCUUCUCAGCAUGGCCGUCUUCUCCACGGGGGUCUGGAUGAUGGGCAUCUUCCUCUUCCGCCAAACCCUGAAACUGCUUCUUUCCUACCACGGUUGGAUGUUUGAGAUGCACGGCCGAACCAGCCACUUCACCAAAGUCUGGGCUAUCUGUGUCCGCCUUCUGUCCAGCCGGCAGCCCAUGCUCUACAGCUUCCAGACAUCUCUGCCCACACUUCCCGUGCCUAGUGUGCAGGCCACAAUUCAGCGGUACCUGGAGUCUGUGCGGCCUUUGUUGGAUAACGAGGAAUAUUACCGCAUGGAGACGCUGGCCAAGGAAUUCCAGGACAAGACUGCCCCCCGGCUGCAGAAGUACCUGGUACUCAAGUCAUGGUGGGCAACUAACUAUGUGAGUGACUGGUGGGAAGAGUACAUCUACCUCCGAGGCAGGAAUCCCCUCAUGGUGAAUAGCAACUAUUAUGUCAUGGACUUUGUGCUUGUCAAGAACACAGACGUGCAGGCAGCCCGCCUGGGAAACAUCGUCCAUGCCAUGAUCUUGUAUCGCCGUAAACUGGACCGUGAAGAUAUCAAGCCUGUGAUGGCCCUGGGCAUGGUGCCCAUGUGCUCCUACCAGAUGGAGAGGAUGUUCAACACCACUCGGAUCCCAGGCAAGAAAACAGACGUGUUGCAGCACCUCUCAGACAGCAGACACGUGGCUGUCUACCACAAGGGCCGCUUCUUCAAGGUGUGGCUGUAUGAGGGCUCCCGCCUGCUCAAGCCUCAGGACCUGGAGAUGCAGUUCCAGAGAAUCCUGGACGACCCCUCCCUGCCUCAGCCUGGAGAGGAGAGGCUGGCGGCCCUCACUGCGGGGGGAAGAGUGGAGUGGGCGCAGGCACGGCAGGCCUUCUUCAGCUCUGGCAAGAACAAGGCUGCUCUGGAUGCCAUCGAACGCGCCGCUUUCUUUGUGGCCCUGGAUGAGGAGUCUCACCACUAUGACCCUGAAGACGAGGCCAGCCUCAGUCUUUACGGCAAGGCCCUGCUGCACGGCAACUGCUACAACAGGUGGUUCGACAAGUCUUUCACUCUCAUCGCCUUCAAGAAUGGCCACUUGGGCCUCAACACAGAACACGCGUGGGCAGAUGCCCCUAUCAUAGGGCACCUCUGGGAGUUUGUCCUGGGCACUGACGCCUUCUACCUGGGCUACACAGAGACUGGGCACUGCGUAGGCAAACCGAACCCUGCGCUGGCACCUCCUCAGCGGCUGCAGUGGGACAUUCCUGAGCAGUGCCAGGCAGUCAUCGAGAGUUCCUACCAGGUGGCCAAGGCACUGGCAGACGACGUGGAGUUGUACUGCUUCCAGUUCUUGCCCUUUGGCAAAGGCCUCAUCAAGAAGUGCCGGACCAGCCCUGAUGCCUUUGUACAGAUUGCCCUGCAGCUGGCUCAUUUCCGGGACAGGGGAAAGUUCUGCCUGACCUAUGAAGCCUCGAUGACUAGAAUGUUCCGGGAGGGACGGACCGAGACCGUACGUUCCUGUACUAGCGAGUCCACAGCCUUUGUUCAGGCCAUGGUGGAAGGGACCCACAUGAAAGCACACCUCCAAAAUCUCUUCCGGAAAGCUUCUGAGAAGCACCAGAAUAUGUACCGCCUGGCCAUGACGGGGGCUGGGAUCGACAGGCACCUCUUCUGCCUCUAUGUGGUCUCCAAGUACCUGGGGGUCAGCUCCCCUUUCCUGGCUGAGGUGCUCUCAGAACCCUGGCGCCUCUCCACCAGCCAGAUUGCUCAAUUCCAGAUCCGCAUGUUUGACCCAGACCAGUACCCCAAUCACCUGGGCGCUGGCGGUGGCUUUGGCCCUGUAGCAGAUGAUGGCUAUGGGGUUUCCUACAUGAUCGCCGGCGAGAACACCAUCUUCUUCCAUGUCUCCAGCAAGUUCUCGAGCUCAGAGACGAAUGCCCAGCGCUUUGGGAACCACAUCCGCCAAGCUCUGCUGGAUAUCGCUGAUCUUUUCCAAGUUCCCAAGGCUGACCGCUGAGGACUGGAAAAAAUGCCAGCUGCCCUUUUCAUCCCCAAGUUAUGGAGGAAGGGGUCUGUGGUUGUCUCGCAGGCACAAGGGAUGGCCGUGCACAGGUGCCGAGGUUCCAAGGACAGCUCUGGCAGCAGGUGCUCCCCAGGCAGACUCUGCUCCCUGAGGGCCCAGGUGGUGAAGGUGGGGUUGGAGUCGGGAGGGAAUUUUGAUUUUUUUUUUUUUUUUUGCUAAAUACCAAUAAAAAUAAGGCUGUGUAAUUCUCUCUUAGCACUUAGGUUCCUGUGUUUUCUUUGGGAACUAGGGGGCCCUCCUCCUGCCCCAGCUCAGGCCAGAGAGAAGACAAGAGAAGGGCUUGGCUGGGAGAAUGAGAGAGGCUUGUAACCUGCUUUGAAAUGUGUGUCUCUGCUGUGGUCACUGCCUAUACCCACAUGUGCACUUGGAAUAAAUUCUUGCUUCAGAACCUUCA